UAAGGCUGUUGUCAUUCAUUCAAAAUCAUUCAUAUUUCGUGAAAAUUGGGUUGUUUUUGUGUCGAUAUCGUAAUUAAACGUAAUUGAGAAAGCAAUUAUUAGGUGAAAAUAUAAUGUUAAAACCGUUUAGACUGAGGAUAGAUCGAAAGAAAUAAGUAAAAUUUGUUGCAAGCACUAUUAUGCGGCGACCUUGCUUAUAAGCACGUAUGUUAUUUUACUUGGCAGAUUGAAGAAAAAGUGGAUUAUUUCUUGUUUUGAUAAACAGAUUAUUGUUCGUAAUUCUAAUGACUAUGAAUGUUUUGUGAAAGUUUACCUUGAUGGAUUACCAAAAGGGCUAAAUUCAGCAGUAUUAUGUAUAAACUUGUGUAUGGAUUAGACCACCUGGAGAUCAGGCGAGUAACUCCGAACUCACCAUGACUAUGUAUCCUUCAUCUGGAAUGGUAGCGACCCCACAACAAGGGACUAGUCCAAUCACUCAAAAUGGAAGUACUACAUUACCUCGGUCACAUCAUCAAAGGACAGGACGGCCACCUGCAGCUCCUAAAUCCUAUGACUACUUACUAAAGGUACUAUUGGUUGGAGACUCAGAUGUAGGUAAACAAGAAAUCCUUCAGGAUCUUGAGGAUGGCUCGGCUGACUCACCAUUUUGUAGUGGCAGUGCCUACAAAACGACAACAAUCCUGUUGGAUGGAAAGAGAGUGAAACUUCAGCUAUGGGAUACUUCAGGACAGGGGCGAUUCUGUACCAUAAUACGAUCUUACUCCCGGGGGGCGCAAGGCAUUCUUCUUGUUUAUGACAUCACCAACAAGUGGUCUUUUGACAGCAUUGACAGGUGGCUUGAAGAAGUCGAAAAGCAUGCACCAGGAGUUCCGAAGGUUCUCGUGGGUAAUCGUUUACACCUCGCUUUCAAACGACAAGUACAGGAACGGGACGCGGAACUAUAUGCCGCCAAGAACCACAUGGCGUUUUUUGAAGUGAGCCCCUUGUGUGACUUCAACAUCAGAGAGAGUUUCUGUGAACUGUCGCGGAUGGCGCUACAUCGAAAUGGCAUGGAGAGACUAUGGAGAAGCAAUAAAGUACUCAGCCUCCAAGAGCUAUGUUGCCGUGCAAUAGUAGCACGUACAUCGGUGUACGGGUUGGAGAGGCUCCCUUUGCCGACGGCGCUGAAGUCCCACCUUAAGUCGUACGCGAUCUCCGCCGCGCCCAGUCGGCAUCGAGCGCGAGCACAUAAACACUCGCAUCACACGCGACUCAACUGUACCGGCCGUAACUCCUGCAACAUCGCCUGAGACUCCCGACUGAUCGCCGGAACUGCGACGCCUAUCACAUAUGACUUUAUAAUUGUGGCUAACUCUUCAUCGAUAUUGGCAACCAUUCAAAUCAUUUUGUUACACUACUAAAUCAUAACAUUUCCCACUCAGUAUUUUUAUAGUAGUCCCUAAUCGCUAAUCUUUCUUGUAAUGUAAAGAUUACUCUAUCCACCUAGUGUUUUCUAGAUAAAUACUUACAGUCGCAAGUGAUGAUCCUGCCAAUAAUUUACUUACGAAUCUCAUGUUAAAAGAGACACGAAGAUGUUAGGAAUCGACGCCACAUUUACGAUAAUCUGUUUUGACUGCCAACGGUAAUCAUUAAGAAUAUAAAUAGAGAUGAUAGAACAUAGAGUUGUCCUAAAAAUUGUCACGAAGUU